AUGUCUAAGCACGCCUCCCCAAAUGAAGAGGAGCGUCAAGCCAAACAAGCUAGAAUUGAAUUGCCACCGUCGAGCUUGGGCGAUCCUGGCGCUUGGGACAUACUCAAGCACUUUCUGACAACCGAUCAGACUUACGAGCAGACAGAGACAGAGUUUGCAAAGUACGUUGGUGAUCAUCAUUCGUCUAGCAAGUGGAUCAACGUCAAAUUGGCGUUGUUUUCUGGCGAUGGCGAUGAUGCGCUCGCGCUGUCAAACCUACGUGCACUGAAGCAUGAGUACCUCCAGACAGCGCCAAGUUCGGCUUCUGGAUUGCAUGCUCAUCGGACUCACGUGCGUAAGAACCUGUAUAUUGAUUUGAAAGCAGCAGAAGAGGAGGAGGAGGAGGAGGAGGAGGAGGAGGAGGAGGAUACUGACAUCCAGGAUGUCGUGAAGCACAGACUCUCCGAUACGAUCGACAGGAUCAAGGAGAAUGUGGCCAGUGGUAGCAGGACUACAGUCCAUCGACUGUCGCCAGUCGCAACUCGCCAUAUGGCUGGCUUUAUUCCCAGCAGGAUGUAUGUUUUUAGUGUGCAUGUGACUGCCAGGGAAUUCCUCGCUGAAUACCUCGACAAAAAAGGCUUCAUGGUCAUUAUAUCGCCUUGGAUUCCUGUGCAUAUCUAUGUCACUUCCGAUAGUCCAAUGACUAUCAUGGCAGCCGUCCCGGAGUCGCACAAAGUGUCAAUCAAGCAAUGGGACCGCAUACACGAGCAUGAAGAAACUGCGGUGAAUGCACUAUGCUUGAAAUUUCCUAACCCUGUGUGGCUGAGAAUCAAGUGCGGAAAGUAUAAGGACACCAUCGCGUACAUCUUCGACUCGGAGCAGACAAAUAACUUUGUCACUGUGCUCAUUCCUCCUCACAAAUUCCCCUAUGACAUGCCGAAAGGUUCCGUUGCUUUAUUUGACCCUUCCUGCCUACCUGCCGGGAUCUCGGUGACUGACGUCAUUCGCGAUGGAGAAGUCGUCGGCUUGAAAUACAAAGGCGAGGAAUAUUAUGGCGGUCUCUUAAAGAAACAUUUCCACCAUUAUUGCACUGAGUUGGUGCACUCCCCCCAUCCAGACGACAUCUGGCUGCAUCUCCAAUCCGGUUGGGAUACGCCCUUCGUCAAACAGGCCGAAAUCACCUUCUCUAAACAGUUGUUGCACUUCGGGGAUUCGGUCCGCCUUACCACUGCUGAUCUAGCGGGCCAGAUUUGCAUGGUAUUAAUGUCAGAUCACGCCAUCAGUGGUUUGGUUAGAUUAGAGUUUGACUUGGAUGGCUGGCACAGGGAAAUCGAGGCUACACACAGCAACGUUGAGCACGUGUUUAACGUUGGCGAUAAAGUUCGUGUGUUAGCUGGUUCUUACUUGGGAUUAGAAGGCCACCUCGUGCAGAAAAACGACGAUAUCUUUACUAUUUGUCAGUCCAGGACGCAGGAACUGGUUGAGGUCUCCAAAUAUUACUUGGAUCGUCGUCCGGUCGAUCACACUCUGCAAGCCCACCUGUCAACUCGAAUAUACGUCAACCCUGCGCAGGAAUCGAAGUCCAUCGAAAUCGGCGACUUUGUCCAAGUGUUAGUUGGAGAUUGGAUAGGCAAAAGCAGAGUUGUGCAAUGGGCCUCAGACGGCCUCACCUGGUUCCAGGAUGAAGGGGAGCUGUUGAAGAAUGAUGCUGUCAGUCAUGUAGUGCCGCCUUUCAUCCAAGUUCCAGCCGCUAUGGUCAAACGCAUGUACCUUCCCACCACCAUAAAAUUCACCAAGGAGCACGGUUAUGAUGUCAGACCCGGAGAUAUGGUCUGCAUCACUCGUGGACCCGAAUUUCACACAGAGGGAGUGGUGCGCAAUGUAGACUUCCUCAGCGCUCAAUUGACGAAGUUAUACAUGGCACCGGCACCUUCACCUCGCAGCAUCACCCCUCCACCCGACGAGAUUGCACCCUCCAUUCAAGACUCUGGCUCAUCCUCUACAUGGGCCUCCUGGUCCCCGGAGGUUCUUGCUGCAUUUUCUUCACAGCCAGACAGUGCCAGUCCUGCAACGGAAGACCCUGGACCGUCCACCCCAGCGACAGCAUAG